GGGAAGGAUAGCUUGGGAAGAAGGGCGGGCUGGAGUCGGGGCGGCGAUGCUGUUGCCCCGUGUAGUUCAAGUCGUGGAAUGGAGGAGAGGAGAGCGGUGCGAAAUGAGGAAACGGUGGAGGUGGGACGAAGGGAGGCAAGGGUGGGUGGGCAAUGGUGCCUCAGCAGCGGGCAAUGGUGCCUCGGCAGGGGGCAAUGGUGCCUCGGCAGUGGGCACUCCAUGGGUGUCUGCUUGCUGCGCCUGCUUGCUUAACAGGGAUCUUUAGAACAUCUCCCUCCCCGGUUGGCAGCUUCUGCAGCUGGUAGCUCAUCCUUGUGGUUUCCAGGACGUUUCCAGGGCCUUUUUCAGUGGCCCAUUUUUUGGGUUACCCUUCAUACUUCCUCCAUACUACCUCCAUACUACCUCCAUACUUCCUCCAUACUACCUCCAUACUACCUCCAUACUUCCUCCAUUUCUGACUCUGCUCACCCCAUGUGGCAUCUCGUCCUGGCUGGAUGUGACGUUUCCCACAUGGUGUCCUCCCUUUGCUCCGUCGGUAUCAGUAUCUUCUCCCAUUUCUCCCUCUUUUAAAAAACUUCUCUCUAUUUCUCUAGACCUUGGGAGUUGUUUCGGUCUCAGUAUUCCUUCCUUUGCUCCCUGCCUGGCCAAAACCUUGUUGUUGCUCAUCGUUCAGAGGGAAAGUUGGUAGUGUAGGGAGAAAGGGAGGGGCGAGGAUAGUAGGGGUGCGGAGGGAGCGAAAGGUGUGUGAUGUUUCGGCGUAUGUAUUGGCUAGCUUCUCAGUAUCAUCUCCUUGCGAGGGCUGGGGUGCUUUGGCAGCAGGAUGGGGCUCGCAUCAAAGCGGCAACGGCUGACAUACGUGGGGAGAACCAGGAAGAGCAGGAGCAGGAGGAAGAGGAGGAAGGGGGGGAGGAGGAGGAGGAGGAGGAGGAGGAGGAGGAGGAUGAUUGGGAGGAGAGUGAGAGGCGAGAGCACCGGCUGUCGAGUAACAGACGAAGGGAGAGGCGGCAGGAGAGGUUUACUGAGGGUUCUGAGAGGGAGCGGGACAGGAAGAGGGAGAGGGCGAAGGAGGAGGCAAUGGAGGGGAAGAGGGGGAGAGAAAGGGAGAGGGAGAGGGAGAGGGAGAGGCAGAGGGAGAAGGAGGAGGUGAGGGAGAAGGGGAGGGACAUGGAGGAUGGGGAGCUGGAGGAGCAAGGGAAGGUGGAGGAGGGGGGGGAGCAGCCGAAGAGGGCCCUAGAGAAAGGGAGAGAUGGGAGGGGAGCGGUAAUGGGUGUGGAGAAACGCAGGAGGGUGGAGACUGAGAGGCCUCUCCCCUCUCUACGCAUCCAGUCUUCAUCUCCCCAUCCCAUGCACCCUCUACCAUGGCCGCCGCACCACACAUCCCACCUAGCCACUCCCUCGCUCCAGCAGCAGCACCUCCAGCAGCAGCAGCAGCAGCAGCAGUUCCGUCUCCCGCCUCCCCGUGCUUCUCCUUCCGCCCCUAUAGGCGCGUCAGCAGCCGCCAUUCACGCCCACCCGCCCUUGGACCACCGAGCCUUGCCCCUCCCUCGCAGCAGCAGCGCCUCUUACACCCACAGCAAUGGCCCGAUACCCUUUCCCCAGGGGGGCCCUAUACGGUCCCUGGAGCACGUGAAUGCCCUGCGUGCUGCUGCUGUGCUGCCGUUUGAGGCGCCUCACAAGGGGCAUGGGGCGCAGGCAAUGCAUCCCGGCAUGCAUCCCGGCAUGCAUCCCGGCGUGCAUGUGCAUCCCCCAAUGAACGUGAUAAACCCCGUCCACCCACAAGCACAGGCGCAAGCGAAUGUGCACGCGGCAGCAGCGGCGGCAGCAGUAGCAGCGGCAGCAGCGGCAGCAACAGCACAGGGGUUUCCCACUUCCAGGGCAAGCAUUGCACACCAGCACCAUCACCAGCACCAUCACCAGCACCAGCAGCAGCACCAGCAGCAGCAGCACCUCCCGCCCCCUGAGGUUGCUCUGCUGCUGCGUGGCUCUGGCCCUGUGCCUCUGCCUCUGAACCAGCGCCCCCCUCUGAGUCCCCUGGACCUCCCUGACCGACUUGCCCCCCAUGCUUUCCCCGGCCCUCCCCCCCUGUCCAUGCGCCCGCCUCUCCUCCCCCUGCACCUCUCCCCAGCCCCGGGCCUUCCCUCUCGCGUUGCUUCCUCUGCUGCUGCAACAGCGGCUGCUUUGAGGGGUGGGGGGGCAGUGAGGGCGGGAGGAGGGGGAGGCGGAGGAAGGGGAGAAGGUGAAACAGCACUCGUAGGUGGUGGCUUUGGGCCUCUUCCUGUAAGCUUGGGAUCUGCUGCAUCUGGUUACCGCUUGCAGCAGCCGGCUCAGCAGCAGCAGCAGCAGAGGCAGUUGCAGCAGGAGCAGCAGCAAAGGCAGUUACAACAAGAGCAACUGCAAAGGAAUCUGCAGCAGCAGCAAAGGGUACUGCAGCAGCAGCAGCAGCAGCAUGCAUCCCGGGAGCAGCGACAGUUGCAGCAGCAGCUGCUGGUGCAGAAGGAGCAGGUGAACCAGUUUAUGCAGAUGCAGCAGCAGAGGGAGCUGCACCAUCAGCAGCAGCAGCAGCAGCAGCAAAGGCAGUUGCAGCAGGAGCAGGAGCGAAGGCACCUGCAACCGCAGCAGCUAAGCCCCUUGCAGCAGCACCAGCAGCACCAGCAGCAGCAGCAGCAGGCACGGAGGCAGCAGCAGCAGCAGCAGUGGGAGGGUGUGCUAGGGGGAGGUGGCGCCAGUAGAGCUAGCACAGCAGCAGGAGUAGGCGCGUCCCACUUCAUUGGAUUCCGUUCACCCCCCAUCCCAGCAACCUCAACUGCCCCAACCACCCCAAUAACCUCAGCCACCCCAGGGAUCCCUGCCGUCCCACCCAGCAUGCCAGGGGGUCCGUCCCUUAGACCAUCUCCUGGCCUUCCGCUCUCUGGCCCCCGUGGGGAGGUUUUCCCCGCGCCAGUGGGGGGGUUUUCCCCCCGAGACCCUCCCCCGCGGCCGUCCCUGUUCCAGCAUCAAGGGAGGAGAGAGGAGGAGGGGGUAGGAGGGGAGACCGGGGGGAAAGGUAGGGAAGUUGGGGGAAGAGGAGGAGACAUGGGUGGCACGCUGAGGAAAGAGGAGAGAGGGUUUGUGUCUGGCUGGGGGGUUAGGGAUGACGCUGGGAUGGAUUGGGCAAGUGCUAGGGAAAAGGAGAGGGGUCGGGAGUGGGAUGGAGAUAGGGAUAGAAAGAGGGUUAGGGAGAGUGACAGGAGGGAUCAGAGAUUCUCACUGGGUGGGAAGGAGUGUGAGCGGGUGGAGAGGGGUGGGCACCACGACCAGGGGGUGCAGCAGCAGCAGCAGCAGCAGCAGCAGCAGCAAGAGCAGCAGCUGCUGCAGAAGGAGUUGCAGCUGCGGCAGCAGCUGCAGCUGCUGCUGCAUCGGCAGAAGGAGCAGGAACCCCAGCAAAAGCAACCGAUUCAGCAGGUACGGCAUGUGGGGCAGCAUGCAGGCCGUGACCAGCAGCAGCAGCAGCAGCAGCAGCGGAGUCAAGUGACACGACCAUCGGCUCCUGGUGUUGCUGGUGGUGCUGGUGCUGGUGCCAGUGGUAGUGCUGCUGCUUCUGCUGCUUCUGGCCCUCCUCCUCCUGCUCCUCCUCCUGCUGCUGCAGCCUCAGUGCCUCGCAGCAGGCUGGCGGGAAGGGUCCAGGAGAUGGGUGAAGGAGCAGCGUUGCAGCAGACAGUGCAAGGCAGAGGCAGAGCCACGGGUGGGGGCGCCGCCCAGGUGCCUCGUGGGGAAGCAGGGAAGGAAACGGGGGGGGAAACAGUGAGAUACGCUGAGAUAAAGCCAGGUCAGAGGGUGGUGAAUUCUGCUAGAGGUGGAGCUGCAGCAGCUGCAGCAGCAGUUCCUGUGGUAGGUUCUCGAAGAGCAGGAGGAGCAGGGGUAGCAGGGGUUUCUGCACCUGCGAAGGCACCAGCAUCAGCAUCAGCACCAGCAGCAGCAGCAGCAGCAGCAGCAGUGGCUGGGGGUCGUGUGAUGGAGGGGGGACGAGUUCGCUUGAGACGAGACAGUUACACCGGCGCUGCUACUGCUGCUGUUGGUGUGACACCCGUUGGUACUGCCUCUCCUCGUGUUGGGCCCUCAUAUGCUCUAGGCAGCGUUGCUGCUGCUGCUGCUGCUGCUGGUGCUGGUGCUGGUGCUGGCGCUGGUGCUGCUGCUUCUGCUGCUGCUGGUGCUAGAGGGAAGGGAGCGGAGCUGAAUGGUGCAGCACCGAGCCGUGCAAGGGGUGCGGCCAGUGCUGCUGUUGCUCGAGUGGGCGGUGGGACGACUGCAGUGGGCAGCCGUCCUGGUGCAAACGGUGCUGGUGGUGCUGGUGGUGCUGGUGGUGCUGGCAGUGCUGGCGAUGGCGGUGGUUUUAGUAGUGGAGCAGGCAAGGAAGGGCCUGGUCACACGUCUGUAGUGAGCCUAACCACCUCACAGCUCAAGUCACAAGUGCUGCGAGUGGCAGGGCUUCCCGCCGCCACUCCUGUGCAGACAAUCAUCAGCGCUUUCAACGAAGUUGGGAAAGUUGGACAUGUGGGCUUGUCGGAUGGUGACUUUCUCCUCACGUUCGACUCGGUGCGCACGGCCACCAUCGCCAAGCGCAUGAUGCACCGGUCCCUGCUAGCAGGCCAUCAAAUCACAGUGGAUUUUGCGCGGCAGUAAAAUGCACCGGCAUAUGGUUGUCUACGUGUUGUGAUAUAUAUGUGCGGAGGUGUACAGACAUAUCUUGUUGGGAAUCAACAAUCCGGAAGGCACCACCAGUGAAGUGGGAAAUGCUUCUAUGGGGGUCGAUUCUCCUGUGGUACUCUCAUGUGCAUAACGAGUCCGAGCAAAUCGAAGAGCACUAGUGCGCCCAAUCCCUAGCACUGA